AUGAGCGAUUCGUUUGAAAUGAAUAGCGAAGAGUUUGAAAGCGACGAAAAGGAAGAGAAUAAGAGAAAAAAUCGUAACCUUCGUGAGAAGAAUCGUCGAGAUCUGUUUAAUUUGCUAAUCAAUGAGUUGUGUUCAAUCAUUAACUAUAACCCAAUGCCCGCCAAUCCGAUGGACAACAACGCGACCGCCGCCGGUGGCAGUCAUGCGGACAAUGGAAGCGCUGGUAAUAAACAUAAGACCGAUAAGUCGUCGAUAUUGAGGGCAUCCAUCACUUUCCUCGAGACUUAUUCGGAAGCAUUGAAUGUUAAAUCAGAUGAUAACCAGAAGAAGAGGACGGAAUCGUGCGAACAAAAUGUGUCCACUGAUGGCCAAACACCUGCCGCCCAAACUGUCAGUAUAUUCUCGUGGAAGCCAUCCUUUAUGGCAAACGACGAGUUUAUUCAUCUCAUGCUUGAAUUGCACAAAACAGUGACCACUGAUGACGGGAGCGACGAGACUCACAGGCUAUCCAUUUAUGAUCUCAUUCAUGAAGAAGAGAAAAUGUUUGUCGAAAAUUUCUUGACGUCAAAGCCAUCGCAGUAUUCAUUUGGGCAAACAUUUGCCUCAAUUUUGGUUCACUUCAAAGAUUAUGAUUUCAACCGCGAAUUGAAAGAAAACUAUCACGUCGUCCGUCUCAUCGGUUCCUUCACUGACAUCAAUGGUUUGAAUGCCGUCUCGACGACCACUCAAGCCGUCGCUGAGGGCAACAGUCGAUCGUGUUUUGUGGGUAUCGGUCGUCUCCAGACCCCAAAGUUCUUACGGGAGAUACAGUUCAAGACAACGGACGGACAAAAUCGGGAAUUUAUUUCCCGUAAUUCUCUUGAGUGGAAGUUUUUAUAUCUGGACCGAAGGGCGCCGCCAAUCAUCGGGUAUUUGCCAUUUGAGAUAUUGGGCACAAGUGGUUACGAUUACUAUCAUUGGGACGAUUUGGACGCUGUGGUGGCCGAUCACGAACAGCUCAUGCGGACGGGAGAGGUCACAUCCGGUGUUUACAGGUUUCUGACCAAAAGCCAUGAGUGGAUUUGGUUGCGGACCUCGUAUUACAUCGCUUACCAUCACUGGGACUCUAAGCCCGAGUAUAUUGUUUGCACGCAUACUGUUGUCAAUGAGCAACAAGUCUCGGCCGAGAAAAGCAAUAAAGUUAAUGAUAGACUAAAUGGCAAAUCACAGGAAAAUAUAGCCGUCGUUAAGAAUAAUGAUAACAACGAUGACAAUUGCCAUUUAGGACAGCAAUUGUUUCAAUCGACAACAACGCCAAUGAAUUGGACUCGUUAUUGCUAUACUGAUGGCCAGAAAACAGAUUAUCCAGAUAUAAGUCCAUCGCUAAUCACAUCAAUGGAUGAAAAUAAGACGAGUGGCGAAGAAUCGGCGCAAACGACUGCCAAAAACAUGAAUCAAUCGCAAACCAAAUCGUCGAUUGUUUUAGAAUUUUUGCGACAAAAACAUGAAUUACUUGAACACCAAAUACGACAACAACAGGAAGAGCUAAGACGUGUGACCGAACAGUUGGAUCUCAUUCAGACCGUCGCUGACCAGUAA